AUGAACGGUGGCGGUGGGCCGAAUUCAGGUACAGGAAACUCACAGGUGCGAAAAAUACGUCCUAAUUUUGGACCAACCUCGUCACACAUAGGAACAGGCAGCACAACACAAAAUACAGGAUCGUCAACAACAUUGGGUUCACAUUAUCAAAUUGGAAGAAUACUAGGGAGUGGCAAUUUUGGAGAAAUUCAUCUUGGCAGGAAUACAGAAAAUCAUGAACAUGUCGCCAUCAAACUAGAGCAAUCAUCAACACGUACACCACAAUUAGCGCAUGAAUACAGAUAUUAUAAUGUAUUAGGAAAACAUGACGGAAUACCAAGUGUUUAUUAUUAUGGUCAAGCGGGUCCCUGUAACGCGUUGGUAAUGGAAUUAUUAGGGCCGUCAUUAGAAGACCUGUUCGAUUUAUGUAAAAGAGAGUUUACAUUGAAAACUGUAGCAAUGAUUGCAUUACAGUUGCUGGAUCGAGUUGAAUAUGUACAUUCGAAGAAUUUGAUUUAUCGUGAUAUCAAACCAGAGAAUUUCCUAAUUGGACGAGGAUCCACGGUGAGUAAUAAUCGAACUCAUAUUAUCCAUAUGGUUGAUUUUGGAUUAGCCAAAGAAUAUAUCGAUUCAGUCACAAAAGAACAUAUACCAUACCGUGAACAUAAAAGUUUAACUGGCACAGCAAGAUAUAUGUCUAUUAAUACACAUGCAGGACGAGAACAGAGUCGGCGUGAUGAUCUCGAAGCAUUAGGCUAUAUGUUUAUGUAUUUUCUUCGUGGAAGUCUCCCUUGGCAAGGGUUAAAAGCUGAUACAUUAAAAGAACGUUAUCAGAAAAUUGGUGAUACGAAACGUCUUACAUCAAUUGAAGUAUUGUGUGAGGGUUAUGCACGUCAGUUCGCAAUAUAUUUACGCUAUGUUCGUGACUUAAAAUUCUUUGAUACUCCAAAUUAUGAACAUUUGAGAAAUUUAUUUCGUAACGUAUUGAGCGAAAAUAACUUCGUAAAUGACAACGAGUUUGAUUGGGUACGCUGUUUACAAGAACAUCGUUUGAACCGUAAUAAAGGAGGUACCACAACAAAUCCACCAACCACAAAUCGUGCUGUAACAACAACAACUCCCACACAACCUGGUCCAGCCAAUACUGUCAUUUCUCAAAUAAAUAAAAACAAUCAUAAUAAUACCACAAACAAUGCUAACCGUAAUCAUCAUCAUUCACAUUCGUUCUUGGCUGCCGGAAAAUUAGCUGAUACAAAGAAAAAACCCACAACUGCGCAUACAAUAAGUGUUGGUUCGAUAACCAACAAUAAUAAUAAUAAUCAUUCUAAUUCAACGUCAAUGAUGCCAUUAACUAAUGGUUUGAAUAAGUCAUCAAUGUUACCCAUACGUUCAACAAAUACAACAACGGCCACAUUAAAUGGAGGAUCAAAAACAACUUUAUCACAAACAACAACAAGCGCCAGUUAUAAUCAACAGCAAAAACAACAGUUUCAGUCUUCUAGCACCUAUUCCGUCUCCAGAGAAAAUCGACCAAAUCCUGUUCUGGGUCCACCGACUAAACGUCGAGGAGUUAUUCCACCACCGCCUCAUCCAUCAUUAACCACAGCACCACUCUAUUACACGCAUUUGUCAAAUUUUAAUCACAAUACGAAUAACAACAAUAAUAAUAAUAAUAAUAAUAAUAAUAAUACCAAUAACAAUAAUAACAAUAAUAAUAAUAAUAAUAGUAAUAAUAAUAAUAAUAAUAACACCAACAACAGUAAAGAUGUGCAACAAAUGCUAACAUCAAUCGCGACUGAGCCAACAUGUUGUUUUUUUAAGCGUAAAGCUAAGCGUGCGUUACAAUUAUCAUCGAGACGAUCCUAG